ACAGCUGAAAACCAUCAUGGCGGCCGCCAGGACAUUAUUUAGAUUUGCCCGGUUAACUUCAUGUGCUGGCAAAAGUAGGAGUUUAAUAUUUAACAGAAUACAAAGGCGAGGAAUUUCAUCUAGCAUCGAUCCGUCAAUCGGCCUCUCAGAUGAACAGAAGGAAUUCCAGAAAGUUGCGUUUGACUUCGCAGCCAACGAAAUGGCACCACACAUGGCGGAAUGGGACGAAAAGGAAAUCUUCCCGGUGGAGUGUAUGCGUAAGGCGGCUCAGCUGGGUUUCGGAGGGAUCUACGUGGACCCGGAGCUGGGCGGCUCGGGGCUGUCUCGCCUGGACACCUCUGUCAUCUUCGAGGCCCUGUCCACCGGCUGCGUCAGCACCACGGCCUACAUCAGCAUCCACAACAUGUGUAACUGGAUGAUUGACACCUUUGGGAACGCGGAGCAGAGGGAGAGGUUCUGUCCAGAUCUUUGCACCAUGGACAAGUUUGCUUCCUACUGUCUCACCGAGCCUGGCAGUGGGAGUGACGCUGCGUCUCUGCUGACCAAUGCUAAGCUGCAGGGAGAUCACUACGUCCUCAAUGGCUCCAAGGCCUUCAUCAGUGGCGGCGGUGACACGGACGUGUACGUGGUGAUGUGCCGUACGGGCGGCGGCGGGGCCAAGGGCAUCUCCUGCGUGGUGGUGGAGAAGGGGACGCCGGGACUCAGCUUUGGCAAGAAGGAAAAGAAGGUGGGGUGGAACUCUCAGCCAACCAGAGCGGUGAUCUUUGAGGACUGUGCCGUCCCGGUGACCAAUCGGCUUGGGGUAGAGGGCCAAGGCUUCAAUAUCGCCAUGAGGGGUCUGAACGGAGGCCGCAUCAACAUCGCCUCUUGUUCGCUGGGAGCGGCCCAUGCGUGUGUACUGCUGGCUAAAGACCACUUGACCGUCCGGAAGCAGUUUGGAGAGCCUCUUUCAAGCAAUCAGUUUCUGCAGUUCAAGCUAGCGGAGAUGGCUACCAAGCUGGUGGCGUCUCGGCUGCUGGUGCGCGAGGCGGCCAGAGCACUGCAGGAGGGCCGGCCGGACAGUGUGGCCCUGUGCUCCAUGGCCAAGCUCUUCGUCACGGACGAAUGCUUCACGAUCUGUAACCAGGCUCUGCAGAUGCACGGGGGCUACGGCUACCUGAAGGACUAUGCUGUGCAGCAGUUUGUACGAGACAUCAGAGUCCAUCAGAUCCUGGAGGGAACCAAUGAAGUGAUGCGUAUGAUCAUUGCCAGAGGACUGCUGACGGAAUCAUGAUGUUGAACAGACAAGCGCCCUCCCUUCAUCGAAGGGAGCGGACACAACACACACAUGUGCUGUA